UGUUGUACUGAGUGUCAGCUAUCAGUUCUUUCAGCCCCCCAUUUUGAGACAGUUUUGUGAUGUUUCAUUUCUUUUAGCCAGAGUGCUACCAGUACUGAUGCUGAUUGUCUUCCUGUGCAAGGCCUGCUGUGCCAUCCCCCAGGCAGUGCCCUGCAGAUGGGCUGUGGAGGGCUGGGCUGGGACAGGGACUGCUGCGUUCCGUCACAGCUCCCCUGCCAUUUCCCUUGUCCCUGCAGGCUCCAGUUUGACUUCUGCCUUCCAGCCAUGAUCAUCUCACCUGCAGGAGAGCAGCAGAUGGCCACAGCACAUCCAUGUCAGGAGCCCGUGAGCUUUGCGCAGGUGGCCGUGUAUUUCAGCAGGGAGGAGUGGGCGCUGCUGGACCCUGCGCAGCGAGCGCUCUACCGGGACGUGAUGCUGGAGACGUACCAGUGCGUGGCCUCGCUGGCUCCACUUCCAGCCCCCAAACCCAUGGUGAUCUCCCUGCUUGAAGGAGGGGAAGACCCCUGGAUCCCAGAUGCGCGUAGUUCUGGGGCCUUGCUAGGAGACCUCAGCCCAGGAACUGGGAUUACAGAUAUACUGGAGGACCUGCACAAAAGUGGUGAGGCUGAAAGGCAGUGGGGUAGUGUCUGUGCGAAAGAAAUCAGAAGGGAUGUCCAAGGAGGCCUGGAGCAAGGUCAGGGUGAGCACAUCAUGAAGCCACUGGGAAAGUGUCUGCGAAAGACAUCAAGGAGCCCACUGGACUUCAACAUAGGUCGCAAAGAGCCCGAAGAGCCCAGGAGCAAGGAGUUGUGCCAGAAAAAAAAGCAGAAUCCAUGCACUGAGUGUGGAAAUUGCUUUAAAAUACAUUCCAGCGUUGUUAAGCACCAGGGCAUACGCUCAGCAAUGAGUCCAUACAAGUGCUCAGACUGUGGGAAGAACUUCAAAAGGAGAUCCCAACUCACCUCCCAACGCAUCCACACAGGUGAGAAACCCUAUAAGAGCUCUGAGUGUGGAAAGAGCUUCAAAAGCAGUUCUGAACUGAAGUACCACGAGUGCUUCCACACAGGGGAGAGACCCUACAAGUGCUCUGAGUGUGGGAAGAGCUUCAGAAGCAGUUCCCACCUCAUCUACCACCAGUACUUCCACACAGGUGAGAAACCAUUUCAUUGCCCUGAGUGUGGGAAGAGCUUCAGAAGCAGUUUUGAACUGAAGCGUCACCAGCACAUCCACACAGGAGUGACCUACAAGUGCUCUGAGUGUGGGACGAGCUUCAAAAGCCGUUCCGAGCUCAUCUACCACCAGCGCAUCCACACAGGAGAGAAACCAUUUCGGUGUCUUGAGUGUGGGAAGAGCUUCAGAAGCAGUUCUGAAUUGAAGCAACACCAGCGCAUCCACACAGGAGAGAGACCCUACAAGUGCUCUGAGUGUGGGAAGAGCUUCAGAAGCAGUUCUGAAUUGAAGCAACACCAGCACAUCCACACAGGAGAGAGACCCUACAAGUGCUCUGAGUGUGAAAAGAGCUUUAAACAUAGAACUAGUCUCAAACCACAAGCACAUCCACAGCGCACACAAGCUUUAGAUGCACCUCAAGAUGCUGGGAAACUUCAUAAGCGGCUCCAGUCCUGUUACCUACCAGCACAACCACACAAGAUACAGUGCCUGCAGAGUCCUGAACAAGGGCAGAGCUUCAGCCGGAGCCCCAGCCUGGUGACCAACUAUGGCUUUGUGUGGUGA